GGGAGGACCAUGAGAACCACUCAAACCACGCAACUAGAACCUCGCCUUGCUCCCGGAGCCGCUGAGUCAACACGAACGACAAAUCCGGGGUUGGGUGGACUCGCCCCCGUUGCUUCGCCUCGCCUCCCCGUCAGUCUAAGAGUCUAAGUCGACUCGCGCCGGGACUAUCCAGACGCUACUGGCCUCCUGGCAAGUAACGCGCCUGUCACUCCAGGCACCAUCCCGGCCGCUGUACGACGACCAGCGAGACGGACGAACCGAACGGCCUGGGCGGCCCCUCCUGAGACGUCGACCGUCGCUGGGAUCCCCCUUGAGCCAUGUCCCGAAUCCAAUAUCCCUACGUCUGGCUGUUCUGCGGCUUCGCUGCCCUGGGAGCCUGCUUGUACGGCUACGACGGCGUCUACUUCAAUGGCGUGUCGACGCUUGAUGUAUUCGUACGGCACUUUGGGCACCGAAACAAAAAUGGCGAGUACGAAAUCUCGCCCGCUACGCUGUCCGUCAUGACCUCCAUGAUCAAUCUCGGCGAGUUGAUUGGGUCUCUCGCAGCAGCGCCCCUCAACGACGUCUUUGGCCGCAAGGGGGUCUUCUUGAUAGGCACCAUCACCAUCAUAGUGGGUGUCAUUAUGCAGCUCGUGACGACUUCUAGCGUGGCUCUCAUGACUGCCGGUCGAGCUGUUCUGGGCUUCGGCGUGGGCAACUUCUCGGCAACUUCACCAUUGUACAUGGGAGAAAUCGCCCCAGAAUCGCUUCGCAGCCCUCUCUUGAUGUGCUGGCAACUCACCCUGUCCGUGUCCCAAAUCAUUGCGGCCGCCAUCAACCGUGGCGUCGUCUCCAACAACACCACGUUCGCGUACCGCUUUCCCAUCGGCUUCCAGCUCGUCUUCCCGCUUAUCAUCCUGCUCGGGAUAUGGUGGGUGCCGGAGUCCCCUCGCUGGCUGAUCCGCGAGGAUCGCUCUGAGGAUGCCACGCAUGCUCUGCGUCUGCUCCACCGCGAAGACAAGGAGUACGACCCUGCGCCUGUGAUGCGUAGGAUCGAGGACGAUCUCCACCGAGAGCGGGCGAGCGAGGCCACCAGCGGAUGGAUGCAACUCGUGACGGACCCGAUUGAGCGCCGCAAGGUCGUGUACAGUGCCGGAGCACUUGUCGCGCAGCAAAUCAACGGGAUCCAGUGGUUCUACUACUUCGGAACCGUCUUCUCCAAGGCCAUUGGUCUAAGUGACCCAUUCCUUAUGACCCUGAUCGUCUUCAUUAUCCAAGUAUUUGUUGUGCUAGCGGCCGUCAUGUUAGCUAACAAACUGCCGCGGCGACCCCUGCUCAUGAUAACCACCGGCAUCAUGACGGUAUCCAUCUUCGUGGUGGGCUGUUUGGGCAUCCCUGGUGGGACCCCUAGCCAAACUGUCGGAAAGGUCAUUAUUAGUUUCGUUAUCAUCGAGAUUGUGGCUUUCAACUUUGCAUGGGGUCCGCUGGGUUGGACCAUAGUAGGAGACCUUGCCUCGUUUGGGAGGGAGAUCUACAUUGCUAACUGCUUCUGUUAGGCUUCCGAAAUGGCGGUCGGUCG